AUGGCUUCAUCUUCUUCCUUUGCUUCGUCUUUUCAAUCUCCAAAGAAAUAUGAUGUUUUUAUUAGCUUCAGAGGCGAGGACACCCGCUUCAACUUCACAAGCCACCUUCAUGAAGCUCUUCGCACAAACCAAAUAAAUACAUACAUCGACUACAGACUUGAGAAAGGAGAUGAGGUAUGGCCGUCUCUUGAGAAAGGCAUUGAAAAUUCAACUCUGUUCCUUGUGGUCUUCUCAGAAAACUAUGCAUCUUCCACUUGGUGUCUGAAGGAGCUUGCAAAAAUAUUAGAGUGCUCCAAAAAUCAAGAUUGCUCUGUUAUGCCGGUGUUCUAUAGAGUGGAUCCUUCACAUGUAAGGAAGCAGUCUGGGAGCUACCAGAAAGCAUUUGAAGAACAUGAGCGCAAAAGAAACAUCAACAAUCAACAACUGCAAAAGUGGAGGGACGCUCUUACUCAAGCUGCCGAUUUGUCUGGUUGGCCUUGUAGCGUCAAUAGUACGCUUGGUCGGAAAAAGGUUUUCAUUGUGCUUGAUGACGUCGAUGAUCUUACACAUUUAGAAAAGUUAGUUGGAAGACAUGAAUUUGGAUCAGGUAGUAAAAUCUUGAUAACAACCAGAGAUAAGCAAACACUUGGUAAUGAAGUGGAUGAUAUAUAUGUGCUUCGUGGUUUGAAUCCUGAUGAAGCUUUUGAUCUAUUCUCCAUCAAUGCCUUUAGAAAUGGCUAUGUUGACCCAAAGAUAAGAGAGCUAGCAGAAGAAGUGACUAAAUAUGCAGGUGGAAAUCCAUUGGCUCUAAAGGUUCUGGACUCCAUCUUGCGUGGCAAAAAUCAAGAAGCAUGGAAAAGCCAAUUGGCAAAGCUUCAAAAAUUGUUUUGUCCACAAGUCAUUGAUAUCCUCAGAUUGAGUUUUGAAGGACUUGAUAAGGAAGAGAAAAAUAUUGCCUUGCACGUCGCAUGUUUUUUCAAUUAUUAUUAUGAUGCUGAGGAUGGACGUAUUGAAGGCAUGGUUAUUAGCCUUUCAGAAGUUGAAGAGAUGUGCGUAAUUAUUAAAGCAUUUGAUUCAAUGCCCAAUCUAAAGCUGCUUAAGGUUUAUGGAGAUUUGAAUGGACAGCUUAGGAACAAGUUAAAUGCUUCUUGUAUGAAGUUUCUGUCAAAAAAACUCAUGCUACUGGAUUGGGUGGGAUGCCCUUUCGAGUCCUUGCCAGCGACAUUUAAGGCUGAAAGUCUUGUUCGAUUGAAAAUGCCCGGCAGCAAAUUGACAAGACUUUGGGAUGGAGUGCAGAAUCUUCGGAACUUAAUCGCAAUUACGCUCACUGGUUCAACAAACUUGAUUGAACUCCCAGAUUUUUCCAAGGCCACACGUCUUAAAUAUGUUGAUCUCAUGUUCUGUACAAAAUUGCGGAGUGUUCAUCCAUCUAUUUUAUCUCUCCCCAGCCUGCAUAGUUUAUGGCUACGCCGUUGCAAGUCCCUUACCAGCCUUACAAGCGAUACCCCUCUCCAAUCUCUCAGUCGGCUCGAUGUAAGUUAUUGCUCAAGUCUGGAGGAAUUUUCAGUAACCUCAGAAAAUGAAGAGCUCUGUUCACACCUUUCAGGAGCUGCCAUCAGAGGUGCGUUGCGCUCAUCAAGUGGGCAUCGCAGCAAAAUUCGUGACUUAGCUAUAGCCAAUUGCGGAAAUGUGACAAGCGUUCACGAAUUGAUUGAGCUGCGUGACCUUCGAGGUGUUGAUGCUGGAGGCUGUAAUGAGCUAGCGUCACCUCUCCUGUCCAAGUGUGAUAAGAUGGGUGCUUUGGAAAGACUCGGGCUUCCGUAUUGCAAUGAAUUAUCUGAACUUCCUAAUGACAUCAGGUUGCUGUCAUCAUUACGUGACUUAGAUCUCUCACUGACUAAUGUACAGACCUUGCCUUCGAGCAUCAAACAUCUUUCACGCCUGCAACGUCUUGAACUGCAUGGAUGUAAAAGGCUUCGUUGUCUACCAGAGCUCCCUCCCUCUGUCUUUCAAUUGUUUGCAACUGACUGCAUAUCCCUUGAGACCAUACAAUAUUCACCUUUGACAAACGAAGGUGAAGAAGGAAAAGAGAAGGCAUAUGCACGCUUUAUAUUCACAAAUUGCAAGAAGCUGAAUCGACGGGCAAUCGAAGCUGCUGAGGCAAGAGUGCUACUUGCGAUAAAGAAACCCACUUAUGACGAUGCUAUAUUGUUAUAUCCAGGAAAAAUAGUUCCAAAGUGGUUCAAGUUUAAGAGUACUGAAGAGGAUCCCAUGACUGUGAAUCUCAGUUCGAUUCCAAAUUCUGAGGAUGGGGGAUUCCUUUUUUGCGUCGUCUUUUCUAAAUUACCAUUAGAGGGGGGAGGAGAAAUUGAUGCCAAAUGGCUUAUUGAUGGUAAAUAUGCUUGCAGGGCCGCUAAAAGCCCGUUUUACUUGUAUGGGCAGUCCUCAAAGCAUGUUGGUCUUUGGUAUGAUCCUGAUUCACUUGGAGAACUAAAAAGGAAAAUUGAAGAAAGGAAAAGAAAUGGUCAGAGCAACAUGGAGCUUAAAGUUAAAUUCGAAGCUCGUUGGUAUGAUGACAGAACGGCAGAGAUCAAAAGGUGUGGAGUAUGCCCAGCAUCUGCAGUUGAAUAUCAAGAUGGUGACAUUAAACAAAUUCAAUUGCCAUGGCCUCCUCAGCCUAGCUCUAAUGCAAUGGAAGCGGCCUCUCUCUCUCGAAAGCGCAAAUGCACUAUAACUUCAUACGGAUCAAAAGGUGACAUUCGUUCGGAUGAUGACAGAAUGGUAAAGAUCAGAAGCCUGGCUCUAAUGCAAUGGAAGCGGCCUCUCUCUCUCUCGAAAGCGCAAAUACCACAGCUUGCUUCGAUGAAUUUGAAGAAAUGA